CGGCAAGAUGGCGGCUCGGGCAAGCACCGCGUUUUAAGCUCUUGCUCAUUUGCCCCGAAAUGUAACUAAAGUUUUAAAGUGAUUGAGUGUACGGCUGUAUAUAAAGUAUUUUGAACAUUUUGUUAACCGACUGAUACACUAUAAGUUCCAAGUUUAAGGUAUACGCGAAGUUAUUUUGCCGAAAUGCCGAACGGGAAGGCCGAAUCUAAAUCAGCCGCUAACGGUACACCAGCCCAUGCCAACAUGGAUCAUGAUUACACGCCGAUGGAUGCUACAACUAGUAGCAGGACGAAAAGGAAAGUUUCCCCUGGUACACCAACUGAAAGUACAGCUCCUCCUUCUAAAGUUAAGUCGUCACAAGAUUCAUUUGAUGUUCCAAACGCGUCUCUUGUUGAAGCUAUAGAAAAGCUAACCUUUAAAAUUGACAGCUUUGGUGACCAGUUAAGAGAAAACUCAGUCAUGGUUGCUAGCAUCACCAAACUAGUGGAACUGAAUGCCACUGAGAUCAAAGAAUGCAAAGACAAGAUACAAGCUGUGGAAAAAGAAGUGCCUCGUAUUGUAAAGGAAAACAAGGAGCUGAAAGAAAGAGUCAAUGAGUUGGAACGUUACAGGAGACGCUGGAACCUUAAAAUUCAUGGCCUGAAAGAAAAAGACGACGAAAAUAUCAGAGUCGUUGUCAUGAGAAUCCUGUCCAAAUUAGCACCGCAAUGGGAGACGUCCAUGGAAUCGAUUGUUGAUUCUGUUCACCGCAUAGGGAGAAAAGAAGAAGGGAGAGACCGACAAACAAUCAUCCAGUUCACCAUGCGAUUCCACCGGGAUUCCUUCUGGAAGCUGUCCAAAAACUCUAGGAUUUGCAAAGACUUGGGUAUUCACUUCAAACAGGACUUUUCUAAAGCUGACAGAGAAGCUCGUGCAGCGGCAUGGCCGAAAAUGGAGCAAGCCAGGGCGGCUGGACAGAACGUGUUCUACAAGGGACAUGUGGGCUAUAUCAACGGAUUGGAUCCCCAAAAUAGAUGAGAGUUUCAAAGAUGUGUGUGAUGCAGACAUCAGUAUGGAUGAAGUUGAAAAAGCCAUGAAAUGUUUACCACUAGACAAAUCACCUGGUUCAGAUGGAUUAACAAGUAACUUCUAUAGACAUUUCUGGGAGCAUAUAAAAGACCUAAUUUUUCACAUGAUAAAAGAAAUUUCUGAAUUACACAUUUUACCAACAACUAUGAAGCAAGGAAUUAUUACUCUCAUCCCCAAACCUGGGAAAAAUCCAAAAUUAAUAGAUAAUCUUAGACCCAUAACAUUGCUUAAUAAUGACUAUAAAAUUUUAACUCACAUUUAUGCUAACCGAUUAAAAACUGGUAUUUCACAGAUCAUUUCAGAAACACAGUCAGGUUUCUUAAAAGGGCGUUCUAUUCAUAAUAAUAUACGUCUGGUGCUUGAUUUACUGGAUUAUAGUCAUUUCAUUGAAGAUGAUGGCUUUAUUUUAUUUUUAGAUUUUUUUAAAGCUUUUGACACAAUUGAACACACAUUUAUGUUUCGCACUUUAGAACUAUUCGGUUUAGGUGACAAUUUUAUUAAUAUGGUCAAAUUAAUUUAUAAAGAUACUAAUAGUACAGUAAUACUACCAAUGGGAACAUCACCAAGAUUUUCAGUUAACAAAGGAAUCAAACAAGGUUGUCCUAUCUCUCCCCUGCUCUUUAUUGCCGCUGCAGAAAUGUUAUCCAUUCUUAUUAAAAAUUUAGAUUUUGAAAAAUUGAUAGUAUUAGGAAAACCCUUAGUCAUUAGCCAACUGGCUGACGACACAACCAUUUUUAUGAAAAACAUAAACCAAAUUCCAAAAAUUCUUCAAUCUAUAGAGCUUUUCUCUAAAGCAUCUGGGUUAAAUCUAAAUCUUAAAAAGUGUGAAUUAUUACCUAUUCAUAAUUCCCCUCACUCAUCCUUUUGCAAUAUUCCUAUUAAAAACACUGUAAAAUAUUUGGGUAUACACAUUACAAAGGAUUAUAAUUCACUUAGUACUCUUAAUAUCUGUGAUAAUUUAGUGAAGUGUAAAUCUCUUUUGAAUUUAUGGUCUCAAAGGGAUAUUUCUAUUAUUGGUCGAAUAUUUCUAACAAAAAUGGAAUGUAUCUCUAGACUUGUCUACCCUGCUUACUCACUUCCGUUCUCUAAGAAUGAAAUUAAAGCUAUAAACCAA